UAUAAAUCUAAACAUGUUAAAAUCAAGCUGGGCAUAUUCGUUAAAGCGUGACGAAUUAUUUUCAUACUUAAAUGAAUUUAAAUUAGAUACCGUCGGUACGGUCGAAGAACUCAGAAAACGAUUCGCGAAAUUUAUUAGUGCCGAACAUGAUGCGGAUGAAACUAAAAGAUUAUUAACUAUACAAGAAAAUCAUGAACAAAACUCACUGAUGUUACCUAGUGUGAGAAACGGUUCCACCCCUUCGCCUGUUAAAAUGGAAACAAAUCAUCCAGUUAGUCAGCCGUCAGUUGCAGUGUCGAUUCCAGCCCGUAACACAGAUGACAUCAGAACGAAUUUAAUUGAAUAUGUAAGAAAAUGGGGACUUUCGUAUGAUGGUGGACGAGAGCCUUUAGCAUUCAUCGAACGAAUAGAAGAGUUAGCCGAAAUUUAUAACGUACCUUUAAAUCAAUUCCCACGAAUUAUGCCAGAAUUUUUACGUGAUAGAGCGCUGAUUUGGUUCAGAAACAACAAUGGACAUUGGCAAGUAUGGAAAUCAUUCAAAUCAGAUUUUUUAUCAUUUUUCCUCCCCGCGAGAUAUUUUGAGAAAUUAGAAGACGAAAUCCGUAAAAGAGUCCAACGUCCGAGAGAAGUUUUCAAAAACUAUGUUUUAUCAAUCCAAAAUUUAAUGCGGCAUUCCAACUUAUCAGAAGAACAAAAGUUGCAACGAAUAUUUCAAAAUGCUCUUCCAGACUACCAGUGGUACAUUAAACGAAAAGAUUUUUCAUCCUUAGCUGAAUUAAUAACAUUAGCUGAAGAUUUAGAAUGUAUCCCGUCAACACAUUCACAAAUCCGCGUAGAAAAUCAACGUGUCUUAUCCAGUACAACAACAGGCCCACAAAAUAAUUGCUAUCGUUGUGGAAACUCUGGACAUUAUGCAGCAAGU